ACGCUGAUCACACGUUAUCGCAUCCUAAACAUUACCCGGGAUACUACACCGACUCUCCCGACAAAAUGUGUCGUCAUGUCUUUCCGCUCAGCCGGGAGUGUCGCUAAGAACAAGAAGUUUUACAAGGGUUUGCUACCUUCCAAGGACGAAAAAGCGCAGCGUAGCAGUAACCCGCAGAGCCGGCGCGGCGGUGCUCAACCUCAGCCGCAAUCACGGAAGCGGGCCGCAGACGGGCGCUUCGCAGCAGAGCAGCACCAGCACCAGCAGCUAGAGGACCUCGAGGGUUACGUCGAGGAGACUGUCGAGGGUGCUGCCGGGGACCCGGGUGCUGCCGGGGACUCGGGAGCAGCGCUCAGGGACCACACGCGACAGACACGCAGAGACGCAAAACAGUCCCUCGCCCAAAGCCCACAGCUCACGUCGGCUUACCUGCGGGACUACGCGGAUGCUAGUGCUGCUCGUCAGCUGUUGCUGCAGUGCCAAGCAGCAGCAAUCACCGGCCUUGUGGAGGCGCGGGGCAGUGAGUGCCCCGAAUGCUGCGAGCCUUGCAACCUGACGCACAAGGUGCCGGUGGUGGUCGUCACUUGGGAGCAGCCGGUCAUCGUGGCCGUGCCGGUGCUAUGGUGCAAGCGCUGCUGCAAGUUCGUCAGCAUGCAGCCCACCGUUGUGGAUUGCCUGCCGGACACGCCAACAUCGUGGGACCUGACCAAACGGGCGGAGGGGCAGAUGGUGUUGUGGUGGCACGCCACAACACUCCAGCAGUUCUCCCGCCUAUGCUACUCAAGUCGGCAUCAGAGCGCAGACGCAUUUGCAGCUGCCAUGUUGGAGGUAUGGCGGUUGAACAGCGUCUGGCCUCUCAGCGACUCAGCGGCAGCGGCAGCUCCGAAGCUGGGCAGGGACAAGCUACGGAAGCGCAUGCGCUACGCGCUCAACGCCUACUACCACCUGGAUGGCGUAGUACGUGACUAUCCGGAGGGCUUGGAGGGCUGGCCCGCCGCUGGCGCAGCCAACGCAUGCCCGUGCUGUGGUGAUAGCGCACACGCUGCAGCAUGCGACCGGGGGCUGGGGGCGGCGGCGGCUGCGGCGGCAGCCGCUGUGCCAAUGACUGCUGCCGCCCCUACUGCAGCGGUGGCGGAGCCAGCUGCGGCACCAGCAGCCGCUGCAGACGUGGUUGCAGCUGGCGCGGAGCAAGGCGGAGACACCGGCAGGGAGGGAGUGGUGGCGGAGCCAGCUGCGGCACCAGCAGCCACUGCAGACGUGGUUGCAGCUGGCGCGGAGCAAGGCGGAGACACCAGCAGGGAGGGAGUGGUGGCGGAGCCAGCUGCGGCACCAGCGGCCACUGCAGACGUGGUUGCAGCUGGCGCGGAGCAAGGCGGAGACACCAGCAGGGAGGGAGGCGGGCGUGACGGCGGCGCGGGUCCACUGCAGGGCAGGGGGCCGGGGGCGGCGGCGGCAGUUGCCAUCACCAUCACUGCCACCGCCUCAUCAGCUGCAUUUACUGUCAUCGCCACCACCGCAUCAGGCGCUGAGUCGAUGGCGGCAGUAGCAGCUGGUGGUGAUGGGCGUCAGGAGGCAGGCAGGGCAGGAAACCUAGGCGGGGAAGGUGGCCCUUCAACUGCAGUGCGGCGUGCAGACGCGGGGCAGCAGCAGGGCGGUGAUCCGGCGGCGCCUACACCUGCAAGUGCAGCCGCGCGCCCAGUGCUGAUGGUGCGGCUUAUAAUUCUGCCUCGUAGAGUUGCGGGUGGCUUGCUGCCGCUGCCUGGACGCUGGCUGUCUGUGGAGGAUGUGUUGGCGGGACCCGGCUGCAUUCAUUCCCUGCACUUUGAUGGCUGCUUCAAGCUGAACUUGCUGUCCAGGGGCAAGUUUCACUGUCAGCUGUACAAGCAGUGGGAGCGACGGCGCUACUUCCUGCACAACGGGGCGGUGAACGAGGUGGACGGGACCUGGGCGACAGACAACGGCCCGAGUCGUUGCUCCACCUUCCAUGCUGACCGCGUGCUGGCGUCGGAGAACAGCAAGAACCUGAUCACAGGAGCAGGAGCGGUGCUGUGUCGGCACGGCAUGCUGAUGCGCCUUAUGAACCUGUUUACGGGUGAGCGGCACAUCUACGCCAUUGCAGCCAUGUACUCCUUCCUCCGUGUGGGAACAGCGAUCCAGUUUUGGUGGUACGACAUUGCGUGCCGCUGGAGCAAGUCUCUCGCUAAAUGGCUUGCCGAGCCUGGGCGGAGCACCGCUGUAGUGGCGCUGGGCUGUGCCGUGAUGUGCCUCAUCCAGCCAUGGCACCGCUACGCGCACAACUUCGCUUGCCAAAAGGAGUUCGGGCAUACCCAACAGCCUGGGGUGGGUCGGGGCACGGGUGAGCCGGCAGAGGUGUUCAACAGCGUGGUGGGGCCGCAUGGGGCCGUGACGCGGUACAUGGCCCCUGCCAACCGCGAGGCGCACCUGGAGCACGUGUCCCGGCUGUACAGCGAUCAGGUGCUGCUCGGCUUGCCGGCACGCCUGUGGCGCGCUAGGCGCAAGGCGGCGCUCAUCGCGGGAACGAUGCGUGAACGCAUCGCUCAGCUGGAGGCCGCUCUCGGUGGCAAAAAGGAAGAGGUGCUGGCGCGUAUCAAGCAGCAGAUCGCACAGCGCACCCAGCGCCCAGAGGCUCCGCUCCCAGCUGAGCCGCUGCCCGCAAGAGCGCAGUAUGUGCGCAGCCGUGCGGUGGUGGAGAGGCUACAACGCCUGGACGCGGUGGAUGCCCCGGGAGAGGUGCCGCUGGACCUCCUGUACGGUGGUGCGGGCGACCUAACGCUACGACAACGUCCGCAGGUCAUCAAGUCCAUGAAGGAGCAGGCCCAGCGCCACGAGCAGGAGCACCCUGACUGGAAGCUGUGGGCGCCUUCUUCGCAGGACUUCCUUGCGGGCCUGCAUGCAGUGGCGGCCAGCGACCUGCAAGAGCUGUACGCGGAGAUUGAGGCGUCGGUACUGGACUACUACUGCCUGGAACAGCUGAUGUCGUCGCUGCAGUCGCGGAAGAAGGAGCAAGGCCUGGUGAAGAAGGAGAAGGACAAGGCCCUCGCUAAGAUUCGUGAGGCGUGGGACAAGGCCGUGCGGUGGAGCAAGUGGUGCCUUGCGCACCCGGUGGGCGGCACUCCUGACGCUGACGCUGUGAUGCAGCGGAUAACGGGGCAGGACGGGCGGGGCCGCGGGCCGGAUGCCGUGUUCAGCGAAGUGCUGCGCCAGGAUUUCCCAUGGGGAGUGUGCACCACAGAGGGUCCUAGCCCCCGUGUCGAGGCCACGUUACUGCGGUGCAUGCAUGAGCUGGCAAGGUGUUCAGAGGAAGAGUUGAUCAUUGAGAGCGAGGGAGAAUGUGCGGUGCAGUACUACAGGAAGCGCGUGGAGUGCUUGAAGCACCAUUUGCAGGCGGCAGUAGCUGACUCGUCCCAUGCCCUGCUGUUGCGAGAGCACAUGAGCGCACACGAGGCAAUGCUAUCAGCAUGGGAGGGCUUUGUGGGCGGUGAUGAGCCACCUGUUGACCGCAGCUACCUAGACUUCCAGGACGAUUAGGCGCGCCGUGGCAUGCCGUUGUACAUACUAUCGUAUGCCUGCUGUUGCCCUGGGAGGCCACGCGUGGUGGUGGGGCUAGGCUGGCGAUCAGCAACGCCGCGCGCACGUGUGCAACGAACUGUGGUCAGGAAUGUGUAUUGAGUGCCCCAACGUCGCGUUGCUGUUGAGAGGCGGGCUGGACAGAAGACGAGGUGGUCCUGGUAGUAAAGGACGUGUGCCUGCUGGGAGCCCCUGCGCGUGGUGUUGCCCUGGGAGGCCACGCGUGGUGGUGGGGCUAGGCUGGCGAUCAGCAACGCCGCGCGCACGUGUGCAAUGAACUGUGGUCAGGAAUGUGUAUUGAGUGCCCCAACGUCGCGUUGCUGUUGAAAGGCGGGCUGGACAGAAGACGAGGUGGUCCUGGUAGUAAAGGACGUGUGCCUGCUAGGAGCCCCUGCGCGUGGUGUUGCCCUGGGAGGCCACGCGUGGUGGUGGGGCUAGGCUGGCGAUCAGCAACGCCGCGCGCACGUGUGCAAUGAACUGUGGUCAGGAAUGUGUAUUGAGUGCCCCAACGUCGCGUUGCUGUUGAGAGGCGGGCUGGACAGAAGACGAGGUGGUCCUGGUAGUAAAGGACGUGUGCCUGCUGGGAGCCCCUGCGCGUGGUGUUGCCCUGGGAGGCCACGCGUGGUGGUGGGGCUAGGCUGGCGAUCAGCAACGCCGCGCGCACGUGUGCAAUGAACUGUGGUCAGGAAUGUGUAUUGAGUGCCCCAACGUCGCGUUGCUGUUGAGAGGCGGGCUGGACAGAAGACGAGGUGGUCCUGGUAGUAAAGGACGUGUGCCUGCUAGGAGCCCCUGCGCGUGGUGUUGCCCUGGGAGGCCACGCGUGGUGGUGGGGCUAGGCUGGCGAUCAGCAACGCCGCGCGCACGUGUGCAAUGAACUGUGGUCAGGAAUGUGUAUUGAGUGCCCCAACGUCGCGUUGCUGUUGAGAGGCGGGCUGGACAGAAGACGAGGUGGUCCUGGUAGUAAAGGACGUGUGCCUGCUGGGAGCCCCCUGCGCGUGGUGUUGCCCUGGGAGGCCACGCGUGGUGGUGGGGCUAGGCUGGCGAUCAGCAACGCCGCGCGCACGUGUGCAAUGAACUGUGGUCAGGAAUUCGCACAAUGAUGGCAAACAAAAACGUGUUGUGGCCUUACUACCUG